GAUGCCUCGGCCAAUGGUGCUGUCGGAUCCAGGCCAGGACGGUCCUGCCGGAGUUUGCUGGAGCAGUGCGCGGCCGCUCCGUGUGCGGGGAGCUAGGCAGCCUGAGUAACCCCACCGUCCCCUCCAUGUACCCCGGACACCCCAGCCCUGACUAACCCCCCUCCGGCAGCAUGUCCUCUCCUCCCGCACGGGAGAUCAAGCAGGAGAGCGCACAGCCCGAGGAAUGCGGUGCCCCGUACACCUCAGAGCCGGUGAAGAGCGAGCUGGGCGCCCCGUACACCCUGUGCUUCUCCCCGGAGCACGUCGCCUGUGUGUGUGAGGCGCUGCAGCAGGGGGGUGACCUGGAGCGGCUGGCUCGCUUCUUGUGGUCGCUUCCCCAGAGCGAGCUGCUACGUGGCAGCGAAAGUAUCCUGAAAGCCCGGGCGCUCGUGGCUUUCCACCAGGGCCGCUACCAGGAGUUGUUCGGCGUCCUGGAGAGCCACAACUUCCAUGUGUCCAACCACGCCAUGCUGCAGGACCUGUGGUACAAGGCGCGGUAUAUCGAGGCGGAGAAGGCCCGCGGCAGGGCACUGGGAGCCGUGGACAAGUACCGGCUGCGCAGGAAGUUCCCGUUGCCCCGCACCAUCUGGGACGGCGAGGAGACCGUGUACUGCUUCAAGGAGAAGUCCCGCAACGCGCUCAAGGAGCUUUACCAGCACAACCGCUACCCGUCCCCCGCAGCCAAACGCAACCUGGCCAAGAUCACCGGCCUGUCCCUCACGCAGGUCAGCAACUGGUUCAAGAACCGCCGGCAGCGGGACCGCAACCCGUCCGAGGCGCAGAGCAAGAGUGAGUCGGAUGGAAACCACAGCACAGAAGAUGAGUCAAGCAAGGGGCAGGAUGAACUAUCUCCACAUUCUCUUCCUAAUUCAUCGGAUGGGAUUUCCACCAUAAAUAUUUCUGGUACCACUGAUACCGUAUAUAUGCAGCAAAUUGGAAAUAAAAUUUCUUUAAGUUCUUCUGGAGUAUUGUUAAACGGAAGCCUGGUAUCUGCCAAUACUUCACCUGUCUUCUUAAAUGGAAGCUCAUUUAUCCAGGGACAUAAUGGAGUGCUGCUAAAUGGUUUAAAUGUGACAAAUUCACAGCCUGUGACACUAAAUUCACCAAAAAUGUCUUCCGCAGUUGUAAGCAACAAUGCCUCAAACUCUGACGUCUUGGUCUCUUCUGCAGAAGAAGCAAAGGAGUUUAAGGUUUUUCAGGGUGGGAUGACAGAUUCCACCACAACCUACAGUGGGAAUUUACAGUCUUCCUUCCCCGGACUGAUAUCUGCCUCAGAGGUCAAAAGUGAAAAUCUCCAAACUGUUACUUCUCAAGAUGGUGGAACUGUGGUUACAUUCUCUGCACCUAUACAGAUAAACCCUUAUGGCAUUGUGCAGAUCCCAAACUCUGGAACAAAUGCCCAGCUGAUUAAUGGAAGUAUUGGCUUCUCCACACUCCAGUUGCCCUCUCUCACAGUUUCACAAGGCAAUUUACCAACCACUCCCGGUACUUCUGAUGGGACGACCUUUACAAGUGACACCAUCUCAAGUGGAGAGCAAGGCAAGGUCUUCCUUGGUUCCCUCCCACCCAGCACAGUUGUCUACACAGUUCCUCAUUCACUAAAACAAGACGGACUGGAAAGAAGCCUAGUAUUUUCUCAGUUAAUGCCUGUCAAUCAGAGCACAGCACAGGUUAACAUUAACAUGUCUUCAGAUGAAGCUCUGCAGUCUAAUGCAAAUCCAACACACAGUUUUACCCUUGCCUCUCCAACCUUAAUAAAUGCGUCUGGACAACUUAUCUCUACUGGAGACCAAUCUCUAGGUCCCAGCCUGCCUAUUUCUGCACCUGCAACCACCACCUCCAGUGUGACUGCCACUAGUAAUGCAGGCUUUGCUUCACUUCAGAACUGUCACUAUAUUAGUACCCAAGACUUACUGUCCAUGUCUUCUGCACAAACUGUCCUUGGGGAACCAGUCUGUGCAACCAGCAAUAAUGUCAGUCAUCCCACUACACAGGUCCUUCAGGAUUUUAGUGGGCAUCAUAAUCUGGUUCUUCAGUCCAUGCCUGACGCAAAAGAAAAUUAUUUAUCUAUUUCGCACAACACAUCUAUAAGUGGGAGCGUCAUGUUGUUAGAUUCAAAAUCAAAAUACGUGAUCAGCAACAUGAUCAGCCCUGACGGUCACGGGGCUGCAACGGACAAAAAAGAAUUGGCCAGGCUGCAGAAUGUUCAAUUGGAAGAAGAUAUGCAAGAUUUAUGAUGCAAUGUUCGCCUGAUAUCUUAUGGGACGAUAUAUCAUCUUGUUCAUACAAUCAAGUUUGAAAUGUUGUCUUGAAUUCAGUUUUAAUACGGCAGCACUGUUUUGUUACCUUUGUGUAAACGGCAAACUUUUUUUUUGUGUGCAGAUUUUGAUAUCUAAGGGUUACAGCUUUAUGAACCCAAGUUUUCCACCGCAUGUUAUAUAAAAGUGGAAUAGGUACUAAAGAAAUGAGUUAUUUUUGUUUGAUUUUUGUUUUUAAAGGGGUUAAGCUGGAAUGAAUUUUUGGCUUUUUUUGGACUUCAGAUUAGUUUAACGCCCCGUUUACUUUGUGUUUAACAAAUGAAAUCAGACUUUUUUGCUUUUGAGCAGCUACAUUUUUGUAGAAACUUUAGCUGGAUUCAAAAUGUUACGGAUAUUUUUCCAGCGGGAUUAUUAAGCAGCGUAAACUAUAAAAUGCUGAGUCCACUACAUGGAGUAAAGGCACAGUUAUUAGCAUACCUUUGUUUCUAUUAACCUGUAAUAAGCAAUGUACAGUGUAUGUACAUGAAUUGUUCGUUUUUUGUUUUGUUGUAGAAGUGGAUUUGUACAAUUACAUCAAUACGUUUGUUUGGAAAAAACACGCUUAAAGGGACAGUCUACUCCAGGAUUUUUGUUUAAAAAGAUAUUCUCUUUAUUACCCAUUCCCCAGUUUUGCAUAACCAACAUGGUUAUAUUUAUACUUUUUACCUCUGUGAUAACCUUGUAUCUAAGCCUCUGCAGACUGCUCCCUUUAGUUCUUUUGACACUUGCAUUUUAACAAAUCAGUGCUGACUCCUAGGUAACUCCACGUGCGUAAGCACAAUAUUAUCUAUAUGGCACACAGGAACUAAUGCCCUCUAGCUGUGAAAAACUGUCAAUGCCCUGAGAUAAGACGGCCUUCAAGGGCUUAGAAAUUAGCAUAUGAGCCUGUCUAGGUUUAGCUUUCAACAAAGAAUACCAAGAGAACAAAGAAAAUUUUAUGAUAAAAGUAAAUUGUAAAGUUGUUUAAAAUUACAUCCCCUAUCUGAAUCAUGAAAGUUUAAUUUUGACUAGACUGUACCUUUUAAGUAUAAAAAUUGUAACCUGCAAGAAAAAAAAAAUCCCUUUUUUUUUUUUUUUUUUUUUUUUUCUUUUUUUUUUUCUUCCUCCUGUAUUCAUAAUCGUAUUUUAUUGCCAUUAUGUUUUUAAUGCCUAUAGUUUGUUCUAUAAUACCCCGUGCCUUUAGGCCUUUGGCCACCUAUUCAUAGCAAAGCACAUGGAAAGGAGAAUGUUGUAGUGUUGUUCACAACCACCUUAUCCUCAGAGCUAGCUAUUACUUAUUGAAUGUUAUUGUAGUUAUUAAGCACACUAAAAAAAGGGAAAAAGACAAUCAGCUUUUUAUACAAGGGGUUUCCCUAAUUUAACCUAUCUAUGCGGUUUAGAACAGUUUAAACACUACAUUUGGAUGACUUGUUUUGCACUAUUCUACAGUUUUAACUGAGUGACUAGUAUUUUUUCACUAUUGCUUGGGACCUGCAUUAACAAUACAGAAUUAGAUGACACUAUGCUUAAUAGAGGAAAAACGGAUACCGGUAUUUCCUGUGAUCUUUAUGACAAAGCAUUAUCAUGCACCAAACUCCUGGAUUUUAGUUCACCGAAACAUAAUCCCUUUUUUUUACUUUUGGUGGGGGGGGGGGGGGGUGGUUGCAGGUGGUAAAUCAUAACAAUUUUAAAUCUACUAACUGCAAGUGGUAAUAAAAAGAAAAUGCAAAUUCUUAUUGGAUCCAGAAAUCAAUCUGGAGUAGUAGUAGCUAACUUUAUUUUAAAUGACAAAAAAUACUAAUAAAAAAAAUCAGUGCAUGUGUAUUAUCUGGCCUUUCCUUUUACGUGUAAGCAGGCUUCAUUGCAUGUUUUUUUAUUUAUUUUUUUUCCUUUUGUGCCUUAAGAUUAUGAGAACAUAUCUAUGUUCAUAGUGUAGCAUUAAUAUUGCUUUUGUAGUUAAUGGUACCAACCUUAUGUCAUGAAACAUUUCUGCGCAGUUACCCAACCAAAGAGGUAUCAACUUUAUUUUCAUUGUACUGUAAUAGGGAACUAUGCCUGGACAAGUUUUAUUGUAUUCUGAAAUGAUGUGAACUUAUUUUUCUAAACACUAUACUGAAUAAACUUUUAUAUUUAUACAAAAAAAAAA